CUUCAACUUCCCUCCCCGUCUCCCUCCACUAAACAACCUCCUUCUCCUCCAAUUGCCACGCCACAACCCGCAGACAAUCUAUAAACUCUGCGCCUCUCGAUCCCGCCCACACCCAAUCCUUUCAUCCCACUGAGUCCACCUCCAGAAUCCAACACAAUGGCCCGUACCAGCCCCACCGGUUUCGACGUCAACGAAUUUAAGGCCGCCGCCCACCCCCGGUCGACCUGGGCCAAGAAGGAUCCCUGGGCUCGCUAUGAGGCUUGGAGAUACACCGGCCCCUUCAGCCGCUGGAACCGCUUCAGGAACCUCUUCCCCGGGCUCGGCAUCGCGACCGUCGCCUUCGCCGGCUACUGCGCCUACGAGGCCGUCUUCCUCAAGGACGACCACCACCACGGCGGUCACCACGACGAGAAGCACCACUAAAGCGUCCCCGAUUCCAGCAUUGUCACGAUGAGCGGGUUUGGUUUGGAGUCGUUGAGUUUGGGACAGGCGGGCUAGUCGAUACAAAGCGUCGCGCGGAAUUCAGCAGUGGAAGUCUCGGAGUCAACCGGAACUAGCUGCGCGGGUGGUGACGUGAUAGAAAAAAGGAACUGGGCAAAGGGGUCGGGGGAUAGGAAACGGACACCCGAAUACACCGGAGUGUCACGGAAUCUGUUAUUCUGGAAGGAGGGAGGACAAGCUAUGCGCUGGUUUUCUUUUGCGACUGGGAUGAUCAAUUGUGUGUCAAGUUUGAGGAUUGCGUGGGCUUUUCUAGAGGGAUGGAAAGCGG